AUGGAGGGACUGAGAGAAGCUGAAGCGAACUUAGUUGUGUAUUUACAUCCUUCAAAGGCGAAUUGCGUGAAAGAAGCCAUACUCCGCGAGCUUAGCUCUUUGCUCUUCGCUUACAAUGAGACUUUUGAAGGAGUUGUGUUAGCAUAUGACCCGAGAACUAGCAGUACGGUGGCGAAAAUUCUGCCUGGGAUUCAACCAUACUUUGGCGUGAGAUUGAAAACUAGGUUGUUGCUCUUUCAUCCGAAGCCCGAAAUGGUUUUAGAGGGAGAGGUUGUUAAAAUUACGCCACAGUCGGUUCAUGCUGUGGUUCUGGGGUUUUCAUCCGCAUGUAUUGCGUGUGAAGAUAUUCGUGAUGAUCUCAAGCAUAAAGUUAGAGGUGGAGAGGAAGUAUAUGUUAGCCGAUUGAGUAAGAAACAUAAGAUAAAAGUGGGGACCACACUACGAUUCGUUGUGAAGAGCUUUGAUGAAGAGAUACUUCAUAUAUCAGGAUCCUUGGCUGCUGACAAUACUGGAUGUGCUCGAUGGUUGGAUAAAAAUAUGGAUAAAUGGUCUCAAGCUGAUAGUACCACUAAAAAGAGGAAAAGUGGAGAGCAAGAAGAUGAUAAGCCUGAGAAUGAGAGAUUCACUGUGAAGGAGAAAACAUCUUCAAUAAAAAACGAUGAACAGAAUAAGAAAAAAAAGAAAAGGAGAGAAGACCACAGUUGA